AGUUUGUAAGUGGUCAAUUUUGAUUGAGGCCUCAAUCUUACCUUGAAUGAAGUCCAAUUUUUUUUGGAGACUACCCAUACCGUAAUUACUGGAUUCAAAUUGCUCUUAAGCCUUCUUGCUAAUUUGAAACUCUUCUUGAACAAAGUUUCCUAUACUUUGGAAUUGUAGACUGUGCCCCGCCUUGUGGAACACAUUCAGAUAUUGCUAAACUGGAGCAAACUUCCUUAAAAACCAAGAAUCAUUUUGUCUAAGGCUACAUCUAUGGACGAUUCCUGUUCCAGCAUUGAAAUGAGAUCAAGCUCCUCAAACCUUUCUAUAAUCAACAGCCAAUGUUCAUCUUUGAACUUGAAGUUGACCAGACCGACCUUUUUGCCUGGUCUUGCUCUAGAGCACGCCGGCUUUUGAGUGAUGGUCGACCCUAAAACGUUAUUUGCUCUGUUGGCUACACCAGCAUGCUUAGAAAAAUAGUGUAUUGUUGCUUGCAAUUGUAGAAAUACAGAAGAUACCGUUUGGGUCUCGUUUGAAUUGAGUAAAAUCAAGGAACUUAAGUUCUAUUCCUCUUCACCGGAACGAUGUCCCUAAGUUUUUCACUCUGAACGUGUGUGACAGUGUUGAUACUAAAAUAAUAUUUGCAUUAUUGACUGAUUACCAAAGGAUUAGCUCUCACUUAAAAUCUUCACAACUAUGAAAACAGCCGAAGAAUGUGCUACUAAAGGAGGAUCUUCAAGUGGAUCUUGCGCCCAAGGAUUUGGUGUUUGUUGCGUUUUCAGUCUAGCUUGUGGCGGAACCACCUCUGAAAACUGCACCUAUCUCGUUCAAGCGAGUACAUCCACGCCCACGGCCGAUCCGUGCACGUUCACGAUUUGCAAAUGUUCAUCAAACAUUUGCCGGAUCAGACUGGAUUUCACGACGUUUUCCAUUGCUGGACCAACGGUAGGAACCGCCUCCGUUGGCGCAAACACUGACACUAUCAAUGGAGGAGCUAUUGGAGACUGUACCUCGGAUAGCUUCAGUGUCACCUCUCCGGGAAAUAAUGGAUCACCGUUGAUUUGCGGCUUCAACACGGGUCAACACAUGAUUGUGGAUUCUUCUGCCCUUUGUCACAAAGCCUCAUUCGGUUUCAGUGGAACUGCAGUUAGCCGUCAAUUUGACAUCAAGGUGACCCAAUUUGCUUGCGGAGAUGAAAGGGGAGGACCACCGGGUUGUCUGCAAUACUUUACUGGAAAUACCGGAAAAUUUGCGAGCUUCAACUUUCCGACCACCGGAACAGCCGUCACUGCUGAUGUGACACAUUUGUCAAACCAGUGUUACACCAUGUGCUUUCGGCAAGAGAUGGGCAAAUGUGCCAUUUGUUAUAAUACAGUAAUUACAGGCGAUCCUACCGAUGCUAACAAACAAGGCUCAUUUGGUCUGUCAAUCAGUUCAGCCGCAAUUGCCAAAGCCGCGGUCGACCUUGGUUGCUCCCAAGAUUACCUUCAGAUUCCUGGCAGUGGAAGCGACGUUGGUGACGCUGCUGACGCAUUUGAUCCAAGCACGAUUCCGGCCAUUCUUCAUGAACGCAUUUGUGGACGUUUCUUCGGCUAUACCGCCGCCGGCACUGGAGCGCUAAAUAAUGAUGAGUCGAUUUGCAGUGCACAAAAGCCAUUUCGUGUGGUUUUCAAAACGGACUCUGAUGAAGCUUUGGGCGCUGGCACAGACGCUAUUGCUAGCGAGCAAAAAGAAUCCCCUGCAGGAAUAAUUGGAUUCCACUUGAACUACGCUCUCCAAGAUUGUUAAAAUUUGCCAAGCAAACCGAUGGAAAAUACCCGUAUUAUGUUUUAGUUUUAUUACAAUGCCCAUUUUUGUGAAAGUGAACCAUGUAUAUGUACGAAAUAAAUUGAAUAUGUAACUCCACCCAA